GACUGGCAAGUUGUUUAUAAACUGAUUCAAGCCUAUCGAGAAAAGGAAAAGGCGCCUGUAGAUACGAUGGGUUGUGAACGUUUAGCAGAAACGACCGCAUCUCCUCUUGUUCAACGUUUCCAGACCUUGGUAAGUCUCAUGCUUUCUUCACAAACCAAGGAUACAGUGACAAGUGCGACUGUUUGGAGAUUACAGGCAGAGUUACCAGGAGGUUUAAAUUUACAAAGUAUUCUAGAUGUUAAAGAAGACCGAUUAGAUGAAUUGAUAUCCAGUGUAGGAUUUCAUAAAAGGAAGGCAGCCUUCUUGAAACGUACAGCAAUACGAUUGAGAGACGACUAUGGAGGUGAUAUUCCAGAUACAAUACAAGGCUUAACGUCUUUACCCGGAGUUGGACCCAAGAUGGCCUAUCUUACUUUACAAGUCGCAUGGAAUAAAAAUAUAGGGAUUGGUGUAGAUGUUCAUGUACAUCGUAUCUGUAAUCGUCUAGGUUGGGUAAAAACGAAAACACCUGAAGAAACAAGAGCUAGCCUUGAAUCUUGGUUACCAAAAGAUAGAUGGCGAAACAUUAACCCGAUGAUGGUGGGAUUCGGUCAAAUUGUUUGUUUACCUAGAGGACCUCGAUGUGAUCAAUGUCCUGUAAAUCAAUAUUGUCCUUCUGCUGUUAUUACAAAAAAAAAGAAAACAUCUAUU